AUGUCUGAGUCGUCGCAUUCUACCGGUUUCUUAGAAUGUUGGUGCAGAAAAAGGGCUGUUAUUCGCACAUCAUGGACGGCCGACAACCCGGGUAGUAGAUUUCAUUCUUGCCUCGGCUACAAGAAUGGAGGCUGCAAUUUUUUCUCUUGGGUCGACCCUCCUACCUCUGACCGGUCUCAAACAAUCAUCCCUGGGUUAUUGAAGAAGAUGAAUGCACUGGAGAGAGUAAAAGAAAACUUAAAAUUUGAGAAUACCAAGUUGGAGGAUAAGGUUGAAAAACUGGAAGAGAAGAUUGAAAAACUGCAGAAAAAGGUUGAAAAAUUGCAAGCAUUGAACAAGAGAGUGGUUGAAAAGAAAGAAAAAAUGGAGAUGAAAAUGGGGUUUGCAUUGGCUAUAGCAAUUGUGUUGUGUGUAUUUUUGCUAUAUAGAUAUAGGUGA